AGUGACGCAAGCGGAGACUACUUAAAGGCAGAUUAGAGGCAGCAAGACAUUAAAGCCAACCUUCCUCCCUCCACGCCGCCGGUCCGCCCGCCGAGCCGAGCCACGAGCCGAGCGGGCCGGGCCGGGCCGAGCCGGGAACCCUCGGCAGGGCUGUCGCCUCCAGCCGCCCUCCCGCCACCGGACUGCGGGGGGUAGAGACGGGCUGCUCUUCGGUCUGUUUUCCCUCCCCCUGAAAAAAAAAAAAAAAAAAAGAAAAAAAAAUAGGAGGGGUGGAAAAAGGCAGAAGUGAAGAGAACCCCUACGCUUGCCAAAGUCUUUGUCUCCGGAUGAACAGCGAUGGGGGAAUGGACUAUUCUAGAGAGGCUACUGGAAGCUGCCGUGCAGCAGCAUUCUACUAUGAUAGGGAGGAUCCUGCUGACCGUGGUGGUGAUCUUCAGAAUUCUCAUUGUGGCCAUUGUAGGGGAGACGGUGUACGAUGACGAGCAAACGAUGUUUGUCUGUAACACGCUGCAGCCAGGCUGCAACCAGGCUUGUUAUGACCAGGCUUUCCCCAUUUCUCACAUAAGGUACUGGGUGUUCCAGAUCAUCAUGGUGUGCACUCCAAGCCUGUGCUUCAUAACGUACUCCGUUCACCAGUCUGCUAAACAAAGGGAACGGAGGUACUCCACUGUCUUCCUUACCUUGGAAAGGGACCAGGAUUCAAUGAAGCGUGAGGACAGUAAGAAAAUCAAGAACACGAUUGUCAAUGGGGUGCUGCAAAACACUGAGAACUCCACCAAAGAGGCAGAACCAGACUGCUUAGAAGUGAAGGAAAUCCCCAAUCCUGCUAUCAGAACUACAAAAUCAAAGAUGAGGAGGCAAGAAGGCAUUUCUCGAUUUUAUAUCAUCCAAGUGGUCUUUCGAAAUGCCCUAGAAAUUGGAUUCUUAGUAGGACAGUAUUUUCUGUAUGGAUUCAAUGUCCCUUCCAUGUAUGAAUGUGACAGGUACCCUUGCAUUAAAGAAGUAGAGUGCUAUGUCUCUAGACCCACUGAGAAGACUGUAUUCUUGGUAUUCAUGUUUGCUGUCAGUGGGAUUUGUGUGGUGCUUAAUUUGGCAGAACUGAACCACUUGGGCUGGAGAAAGAUCAAAAUGGCAGUGAGAGGAGUACAGGCAAAAAGGAAAUCCAUAUAUGAAAUCAGAAAUAAGGACCUGCCAAGAAUGAGCAUGCCUAACUUCGGCAGGACUCAGUCAAGUGACUCAGCUUAUGUGUGA